CCAGGCGCUUACAAUUAGGCGCGCAGGUUGCUUCAGAAUCGUGUUGGACAACAAUAUCUUUCUUUCGUUCUGCAUGCCUGGGCUGUCCCAGGGUGUCCAGUCAGUGUUCAGUGGUCGAUAUCCUCGGCGAGGUCCCAUCUAUAAUGUGAUUCCAUCAAUACCCCAGGCACCCUGCAAACAAUUCAUUUCCCCAAACAAAAGUGCUUCCAUUCUCAGUCUCACUGUCACUUGCAUCUUUCAACACCUUGUCUGCUUUCUUUCUAGAUCUUUCUCGUCAAGCUUGAAGGAAGAAUCAUAAAAAGCGAAAGAUUCGCGAGUAGCCAUGAUCAUGACUCUGGUUAAAAAAAGUGUUGUGACGAUUUGCUUGGGGUUGGCUUUGGAAUUCGGUUGUAUUUCUGCUCUUCCGCAACAGGCUAGCGUUAGCCUCUUCGAGUUCCUUCCUUCAGGCGAAUCCAAUAACGUCGUGCAAGGGACAGAAUGGGCACAACCUAUCGGGACGGCUAGUGAUGGCUCAGAAACCACGUUCAUAGUAGAAAAUAUUCAGUCUACCUCCGGCCUCGUCUCUUCCAACGGCGCAAUCGUACUUACUACAGUCACUGAGACGGCCAUAGAAACUAUCGUCGUCUCCGCUUCCGGCUGGGCUGAAUCCAAUUUCCCUACCACCACUGCUCCUGACUCGUCUCAACUCGGCGGAGGUCUUGAUUGCCACUUUACAGCAUCCGCGAGUGGUGAAUGUGUCGAAGAGGAAGUUCUUGAUGACGGAUCUACCUCCACACGAACGCUCAGUGGAAGCGUGACAGCCGAAAUCCUUGCCAUCUCUACUGGGACCUUGCCCAGUGGUGUGGGUGUGAGUGCAAUCACGUCUGGUAGUCAACAGUCCACAAUCACGGUCGUAUCUACGACGAGCUCAAACGUCCAGAGCACAAUCACCUUCCUGUCUCCCUCGUCCAGCUCCACUUCGGCCUCGACCUUAGGAUCUCCAUCUGCUUCGGCUUCAUCUAAUACUUCAUCCUCUGUGCACAAAGGACUUGGCACUGGUAUACUCGCAGUUAUUGUUGGUGGGAUAAUGCUUGGUGCUUCGGCCGCGCUCUUCUGAAUAACUGCACAAUAUAUAACGAUCUGUUUGGGACGAAUUUCUAUUCUAACUUGGUUGGUAUGAACUUUAUGGUGUGAUAUUCUUCGCAAGAUAAAUCAGUGUAUGUACAGUAAACCUUUACUCAUUUUCAUUUUACACUUGUUCCGAAUCUGCACAGUAUUUUUAUGUUAAAAAACUGGCUGGUUUAGCAGCUGGUACUAUGGUCCAGUUGGCUUAGUCACCACUAGUUUUGAACAAGCGGACUGACACACUCAAAUUUCAGUAUUUUUCUUAUC